UGUGUUAUCUGUCACAUCACGAAUGUCUGCGCGAUCGAUAAUACGGAUUGGUGUUCGGUAUUGGGAGGUCACAUUCGGUUGAGACAUUAAUGGGCAGUGCUAUUUGGUUGUGGGGUUAGUUCAAGUUGCUUUACAAGUGCUAAAAUGGAUACCACUGGUGCGUAUGGAGGCGGGAAGGCUGGAGGAGCCUUCGACCCUCAGGCUUUUAUCCAGAGGCCUCCCGUAAUCGUCAGGGCGGUUUGCUGGCUAUUCAGCGUGAUUGUAAUGGGCUGCAUAUCGGCUAAAGGCUGGUACAUUGAGAAGGAAUCCAAGAAGGAGUAUUGUGUGUACAACAACGAUACAAAUGCCUGCAACUAUGGUGUGGGCAUCUCUGUGAUUGCGUUCAUCGCUUCCAUUGGUUUCAUCGCUGGGGAGUAUCUGUUUGAGCAGAUGUCUUCGGUGAAGACCAGGAAACAUUAUGUGCUUGCUGAUAUGGGAUUCUCUGCGUUCUGGGCAUUCCUGUACUUCGUGGGCUUCUGCUACCUGUCGAACGCGUGGGGCAAGACCGAGAACCCACCGGUGGGCACCGCCAACAACAUGCAGGGCGCCAUCGCAUUCUGCUUCUUCUCCAUCUUCGCUUGGGUGGCGUGCGCGUUCUUCGCGUUCCAGCGCUUCCGCGUAGGCGCAGACGCGGCGUUCGCGCCUGCGUACGAGGUGGAGGGCCAGGCUGGGAGCCCUGGCAGCUUCCCUGCCUACCCCGGGGCGCAGGACCCCAUGCCCGCCUACAGCGAGCCGCCAUUCUCGCAGCCCAACACUGGAAACAUCGACUACACGGCCCCAACCUACUAAGUCGUUGGCUGCGUAGUAAUUUUAUUCCGUCUUUAUGUUUGUUCAUCGCACAGAGUAAGUAAUAAUUAGUAUACGUACGACAUAACCACUAGCCCCCGCGGCACAGUAACCGCGCCGCGCGCAACGCGAUAUGUAUCAAGAGCAUCCACCAAUAGACGCAGCGCAUGCUAUCUACGUCGAUAAACGUCGUAAGGCUAUUGGUCGAAGCCCUCGACAUGAGUCAAACUUGUAUUCAAAAAGCAUUUAAUGUAGAUCUCUUGUUAGCUCGAGCUACAAAAGGGAGACAUUAGUGUUGCGAAAAUCGAUAGACGAUGGUUUUGUUGUCGAUAGCUCUACUAUCUUCAGUCGAUAUCGACUUGUAAAGGGUUAAAUUUUAUGCAACACUAACAUUAUAUCGUCUCCAAAAGUAAUUUUACUACUUAACUAGACUACUUUGUUGGAAAAUACAAUCAUCGAUAAAAACAUCACUAUUUAUUAAUAAUAAUGUAAUAAUUAUUACUUAGUCACAUUACCAUUAGAACGUCCAUUCUGUGAUUGACAUUUUCAUUUUCUAUUUUUUGAUUUUAUAUUUUUUUCUUUAUUUUAAGAGAAUUAUUUUUUCAACCAGUGUUUUAUAUCCUAAGACAUUUCGAAUAUUAGUGUGUGAUCUUUUAUUUUUAAGGAGAAAUGUAUCAAUAUAUAACCGUGUAUCGCUUCUCAGUACCUGCUUUAGGUAUAUGUAUAUUUGUGACAAUAUUACCCACAAUAUAUAUUGUAAUAUAUGAUAUCUAUCUGUAAAUAAACAUAAGAAAUAACCGAUAUAAAAACUAACAUUUAAUCAAUUUAAUUUACCUUUGUAAUUGUGAUACUUUUUUCUCGAGAAACUUUUUUUAUUCACACCGUGCCAUUGCAUAAGCUUUAUAAAGUUUGACACCUUUUUAGGGUUCCGUAUCUCAAAAGGGAAAACGGGACCCUUAUAGGAUCACUUCGAAAUCUUAUUCCAUGCCCGUACCUCGUAUUAGUUGUAGGUAAGAAAUGCUACUUGAAUAAGGUCAGUUUGGUCGCCAAAGUAUUACUAUAGUAUUAUUUAAAAGCGUAUAAACAGCCUGUAAAGGGCCUACUGAAGAGCAAAUCUGUGUUAAGUACCUACCUAAAAAAAUAUUUAUGUUUAAAAAAGAAGUUAUUGCUAUUUACUAUGACUAAACUCACCACUUACAUCAAGGUAGGUUGACUGGAAAAGAUCUCUAUUAGGGAUAAGCUCACCUUUUUUAACUUCUUGUCUUUUUGUUUUAAUUUUAUGUAUAUAAUGCAUGAUGAUGACAACAGAGAAAAGAUAGUGAUGAUUCUGGAAAUCCAGUCAUCGUAAGUGAAGGACAGCAUAAACUAGUGACGUAAUUACGAAAGUUUAAAAAUUAAAAUUAAAAUUCAAUGUUGUCAGAAUUGAAAUUAUGUGGCACUAUAAUUUAAAGACAACUUUAAAUACCCAUCCGUAGUAAAUGUAUUUUUAAGGCGAAUCUAAAUAUUACACAAUUAAAUAUAAAAAUAUCACUAAUAUAAUAUAUAUUACUAUGACUUGGUGACCAUACUGCGUAUUGUUUAAUAAUAAAUAAAGCUUGGGAACUUAAUAUAUUGAAAAUCUCUUCUUAUAUAUUAGGGGUUUAGGUAAUUAAUAUAAAAUUUUAAACAGCAUAUCGGUUAGUAUUCUUCGUUAUUUUUGGGAACGAAAUUACUGUUACCUUGAGUGUAGGUUAGGUGUGACUUGGCUAGGUAACAGAGACUGUUGAUACCUACUUAAAAAUAAGUUUUUUUUUUUAUUUAAACGUAAACAUUACGUGCGCGCGAGACAUACAGUCCGCGGACUCCCUCUUACUCACUUGCCUACGGUCACUCAAGACUAAAAUAAGACCGAGAGGGUGAGGUCUGUGCCCGCACGAAUUGGUGCGGGGCGAAGAGUUAGCGUUCUAUACGUAUUCUUUAUUCUAUGCCUCGGGUAAAAUAUUAAGACAGCCAUGCUUUAAUUAAAACACAUAAUAACGGGUUCUUACCGCGUUUAAAUGGGGAUAUGAGACUCCCGAUAUUUCGACACUGUUGCAAGUGCCAUGAUCACGGGAUGACUGAUGAGAUUGGAGUGGAGUAGGUAGAUCCAUAAUUUUCUACGGGCAGACAUAUCUGUCUACCCUCUUUCUUUGCCGCUUGUUUAUGUUUUUGAUAUCGGAAUGUUCGGAACCAUCUGAACUCGCACCAAACUCACUACGACAAACCGCACUCACUGUGUCCUCACGUUUUUUCACCACAUUAGGCCGUUAUUAUGUGUUUUAAUUAUGAUAAUAACCGCGUAAACUUAAAACAAGCCAUGCUUUACUUACCAACUAAACUACUAAUGGUUAUAAUAAAAGCCAUAAAAGGCCAUAUUUAGUAAACAGUCCCUGUUAACUAGCCAAGGUAUUCUUUUGCAAUGACAUUAUACAAAAUAUUUAGUUUAAGAAUUGGCGAUACUUUUUCUUCUAACUUAAGAAUCUUUCAAUAUAUAUUUUAAUUACUAUUUUAACUUUAUUUGGCUGUUCAUGAUCUACUGCGUUCAGUAUUAAUAUCUAAAUGUAUACAUAAUAAUUAUGUAUAGUAAACGCUUAAUCCAAGACCAUAGUAUUUUUUUAAAAGAUGAUAUUUUAGAAAUAUUGCUAUCUGUAGUAGUAAUUAUUUUUAACUGUGGCUUAUUUCGGUUGAUGUCGUGGUGUUUCUUAAUAGGUGUGGCAGGGACAGUAUUUUCUUUCACUAAAAUGUAUUAGACACGUAACAUAACAUCACGCCUGCAUCCCAAAAAGGGUAGGCUCAGGUGUAUUAUAUACACACCCACUCCUCGCUAUGUUAAAGUCACAUGUAAUAGCUGAUAGCGGGUAUGCCUUUUGCCAUUAACCGGGCACAUUAUCCUGGAAAGCGCGUGAUAUCAAUUGUCUAUGAUCCAAAUAUGAAUUCGAAAGUCGAAUUCAGUGCUUUAACCCCUUAAAUGCCGGAACGCGGAUCUCGACCAGACACAAUGUAAAAUCUAUUGUGUCUGGUAUCUCGGCAUAUGAGAGGUUAAGCCCGAAUUCCGCGUACUGCAUACGGAAUUCUACUCUUCUUUGCGAGUCGAUGGCGAUCGAUACUAAAUUUUUGCUGACCAAUAAUUGGCCACGCUUACGGCAUUGUCAGUGGCUUCGUAAAGGUCUUUAAAAGUGCAGGUGUUAGGGCACUUAGGACAGCACAAAAGGUGAGCCAUAGUUUGUGGUGAUACUCCACACUCGCAAUCAUCGCAACCAUCAACCAGAUUGUUUUCAAAGUGCUCCUUUUUUACCAUUGAUGAGUUUGCUCUUGGCCCCAGACUUGCCCAAAGGCAUUGACGAGGCCUUAGAUGGAGCGAGCUCGCCCAGAAGAUGCCUGUUCACUCUAGCCUUGAAAGCGCCCGGGUUAUAUGCAUUCGGAAAUACAAAAGAAAGCAGAGAAUUCCACUCCUUUCCGCUCCUGUUAUUAUCAAGAAAACUUAUGGUAAUUAAUGAAAGAAAAUACAUGUUUCCGCAGCUUUUUAUGGUGCUCAAGACAGCCCCAUGUAGUGAUGUUAUCACUUGUCAAAAAGUAAAUUUAUUUGCUAAGUAAAUAUUUGUAUUAGAAGACACAAGGUCUAAAAUGAAGUACAAAAUCACGCCACGAUAUUAACUGAUAUAGCCUGUUAGUGGCUAGCUUUGUUGUGGUUUGCUAUCGCAUUAAUAGUAGCGUUUGUGUUAAGUGGUCAAUGACCUAUCUCAUCAACAUUGGUGUAAGAGACAACAUGACUCCACGGCUACGUCUUACUUAAUAAGUCAAAGAUGCUAAACUCACGCUCAUAAUCGCAGAGUUGGGCAGAGUUACGUUAUAUGCACCCCUAGGUACGCAUAAUUGCGUUUUCGCACAACUCCCAAUACCUAUCCUAUCCGAAUUCGUCAAAUAACAGGUCCGAAGUACAUCCGAUAUCUCUUUAAGUAUGUUUCUACUAUCCGUAAUCCACGGAUUAGAAUAAGAAUCGGAUAUAAGUAGUGCGAAUACGCCCUUACAUUUGCAAAAAAAAACACCCGCCAAUCAAAUAACUGUCAAUAGUUACAAGUUCUGCCCGCUAGGCGUAGUUAAUACGUAAAUUAGGCGCCACUUGGUACUACUGCAUUAUGUUUUAUAAUCUGUCCCCUUAAAAAAAGUUGUUGGAAACUAUUGGUGUGAUAGCAAACCCGUAGUUGUCUUUAUCACUUCCAUAGCUUGCACUGUUGUUUGUAAAAUAUUCUUAGCAAUAAAGUUCACAUUUGAUUGGAGCAUUCUGAUGUGCUGUUCCUCAAGUCACGACAACGAAUGAAGAUAACUAAACGUUUUAAAACGUUACAGACAAAAAAAAUAUAAGUGCGUGUCUCAUCUAUAACCAAUUCGAUGUUUUAAUAAUGCGAGAUGUGGUUAAAUAUUAGAAGUUAUAUAUUAGCGGCCUCCGUGGUCCAGUGGUUGAACGUUGUGCUCACGAUCCGGAGGUCCCGGGUCUGAAUCCUGGUGGUUAGGACAUUACAGGUACUACUUACUGAUGUAUGUACGUAGUCGUUACAUGAGCCAUGUCAGGGGCCUAUGGCGGCUCAACAAUAGGGUUGAAGGAGUUGUUAAUCCACCUCACAACCCACACGAAGAAGUAGUGUUUAUUCGUAAAAACAAUCGCAUAUUGUGAGAGUCAAAGCACUUCCUCUCGUCUGGGUUAUGAGAUCAAUGACUGACCUCAUGAACAUUAAUUGCAGGGUUGCUAUAUUGACCUAAAUGCCUCUGGCUUGGUCCAUGUAACGACUACAUAUUUAAGUAAAUAGUAACGGAGACAAUGUCGUAAUUAAACUAGGGACAAAGUGACUUUUGAUAUAUCCCCACAGGAAUUAGAACUCGGUCGAACCCACAUGAUAUAAUACCACGCCUGUACCCCUGAAGGAGUCGUCCACACUUUUUCGAGUAAACCGGUUUUUACCGGUUCAGAGAGUCAAAAAACCGGUUCCAUAAUAACAAAACCCGGUUCUGACUUGCGUUUGGAUUCGAAAAAACUGGUUCUUAAAAUGUGACGGUUUUCGAUACCCUACAGGAGCAAGUGCAUCAGAAUGUACAUAGGGUGUGACCAUAUCAGUCGUGUAUAGUAUAAGGGCAUGUAGUUACAAAAUGUACAUUGUUAAAAUAAAUAAACAUCACUGGGAAAUAUUUAGUUGUACAUAAGUAGUAGAAAAUUAUAUAUAAACGUGUGACUAAGCUCUUUAUUGUUGAUCUUUAAGUGUCAGUAUUAAGACCCUUGGGGUGAGCUUACACUUAUCGACGCGGAGUCGGAUGAAGCCGUAUCACUGCUUAACUGUUUAAGACGUCACAUCGCGGCUGACUUUGCAGACUGACGUAAUUUGUGUCUGCAAACGGUGCAAAUCAGAUUCGCCAAAAAUUUCGGAUACGUCAGUUCGCGACGUCAGCAACAUUGCAUAAAAGCAUUUCCGACCGUCAGUCGAUAAGUGUGAGGACUCCCUUAUAUGGACAGUUUUAGUGUAAAAACUGUAGUAGCUAUGUAAAAUGUACACGAUAUUACGAUAACGCAGGCCUCACUCAACUGCUAUUGAGAAUGGCCAUUUAGCUUCUACGUUAUAAUAAAAUAGGUUCAUAAUCACAACGCGAACAUUAUGGCUUCUAAAAGUACAUACUUAAUUUAGUCUCCCAAUGCCCUUGAUACAUGAUUGAUACUUGUUGUAUUGUUUAAAAAAUAUUGUAAACAGUGAUGUGUUGUUCCUGGGAAUGUCCCCAAAGUGGGAAUGUUCCCGUUGUAAAAACUCUUUAAUAGCAAGGACACUGGCUGGUUUUCUUUUUCAAAUUGUUCUCUCUUGUAUUCUGAUCCUAUCUCAUCAUCAUCAGCCCAUUAACGUCCCCACUGCUGGGGCACGGCCCUUCCCUAUGGAUGGAUAGGGAGAUCGGGCCUUAAACCACCACGCGGGCCCAGUGCGGAUUGGUGGUUAUUAACGACUGCUAAUGCAGCCGGGACCAACGGCUUAACGUGCCUUCCGUAGCACGGAGGGGCUCGAGAUGAAAACUUUUUUUUUGUGGUCACCCAUCCUAUGACCGGCCUUUGCGAAAGUUGCUUAACUUCAACAAUCGCAGACUGAGCGCGUUUACCGCUGCGCCACCGAGCUCCUCAAGAAGGAAGAAGAUAACGAUAAAACUCACGGCACACCAGGGUGUAAUCUGCGUGACGUCCCAAGCCUUGUUAUACCGACACAUAUUAUAGAUGCGUCGGAUGAUGUCCUCGUGGAUGUCCCAGCUGAGAUCCUAUCUAUAAAGGUCUUUUUUACAUAAGUUUUUCGCCUUUGUUCGCUUGUUUAGCGGGUAUGUUCCCAUUUUGGGAACUGCACAUCGCUUAUUGUAAACAAAUUCUUCUGUACACUACAUAUUACGUAAUGUAGCUACAGUACAUAUAUCUAGAUGUAGAGUACGUCUGUUGGUUAGAAUCUGUUCUGAUAACAAUAAAAAGUAAACAAUAAAUCUCAAAAAAAAUAUUGUAAUAAGUGUUGAAUAUAAACGCUAAAUCGUUCGGUGUUUGGUGAAUAUUUAAAAUUAAGGUGAAUGUAAAAAAUGUCGAUUUGUGUUUGAAGGUUUCUGUUUCUAUAUUUACUAAAGGAAUUGUAGACCUAUAGUUACCAAAGAAUUUCCUAAUGGACACAAAAGGCGUCUAUUAUUAAUAAAAUAAAAUAUUUAGGUAUAUCUAUAGCGUAUCGACACUAUUGAUUGCAUUUAUUGGACACUCGCUAUUAACUAGUCAAGGUUAAAUUCUACAUUUACCGAACGUAUUUACAUAGAGUUGUAAAAAUGUGUAUUGCUGUAGGAAUUGGCUACUGGCAGUUUUCGGAUAAGUAUUUUAAAAAAUACAGACGCUUAGUAUUUACCUCUUAUAAUAUUUUAUUUUCUCGAAAAAGUUUUAUUAAAAAAAACAUAUUUUUCUUAAAUUAUUUUACAUUUCGCGCGAAAACAGUUAAUCACGUGACAUUUCGCCCAGUGACGUCACAUUUCAACAAACAGAAACUGUCAAACGGUUUAACCUGACAGAUCGUUUUUGUUUAUUUUGUGAAAUGUGACGUCACACGAAGCUCAAUCAUGGCCGCCCGUGUUUCGGGUCAUGUAAUACGCAGAUAAAAAAACGCAUUCUUAUUUUGUAAAAAUAAAAUAUUUAUAAAUGUUCUUAAUAAAAAAGAACUAUUGAAUAAUUAUCGUUAAACGAUAAACUACCAUAUCCGACAUAUUUCAUAUUUUAUUGUUACAACUGUCAAGUAGCCAAUUGUAUCCUUUUGUGUCUAUGUAGAGAAGUGACCAAAGAUUGUACUAUUUUAGCUCAGAUGUAAUCCGUUACAUUUCAAAUUGCAACUGUAACCGUGACGCGUUUUUGUGGAUGUUAUGCUUUUAAAAUCAGAACAUAGGCAUCGACGAUUAAGUCUGAGUUCGCUAUAUUAUUAUGUAACCUACUUUUGAAAUCAACCUGAUAUUGGUGUCGAUUCGGGCUAUCACCAACUUAAUUUUAUUUUGACUCGAUUAAAACUAGCUGCAUCUCUUUCUUGCACGUGUUGUAGGUGAAGGACAGCACUAAUAUGAGCUGUCAAACUAAAAUUAGGUAAGUUUGUGUCCGUCCGAAUAGGCACCAUUAUCUUAUCGUGUCUAAACGAUAAAUGAAAGUACCUAGCUGACUGUCUGGGUUUCGGGCCCUGUUAUCAUCUCAUAAAACUAAUUAAAAAGUAUAUAAUAUGUAGUUGACUUCUCAUUAUAAAAUAUUUCAACAGCAGCGCACAAAUAUAACCAGUGACGAUUACGCUUGCAAUUUAAUUCGAGUCUUCAUAUUCUUAUUUAAUGUUUAAGUGUUCGAUGAUGUGCAAAUGAGAUGUGGUAAAUGAAAUAUAAAUCGAAAAUAGUAUUGUGAAA